GCCGCGACGGCGAGUGGAUGAGAGUUGGCCCCGAUCUCCGCUCAGGGGACGCCGACCGUCAUGUUCAGGUGAAGCAGAGGGGCUCCGUGCUGAACAUGCUAAGGAGGCUGGACAAGAUCAGGUUCAGAGGUCACAAAAGAGAUGAUUUCCUCGACCUGGCAGAGUCUCCCAAUGCCUCGGACACCGAGUGUGGAGACGAGGCCCCGCUGAAAGCACCUCGGGCCUCGGCCCGGGACAGCGAGGAGCUCCGGGACCCUGCUGGACCAGGGACCCUCAUCAUGGCCACAGGAGUCCAGGACUUCAACCGGACAGAGUUUGACCGGCUAAACGAGAUCAAAGGCCACCUGGAAAUCGCCUUGCUGGAGAAGCACUUCUUGCAGGAGGAACUCCGGAAGCUGCGCGAGGAGACCAACUCGGAGCUGCUGCGGCAGGAGCUGGACCGGGAGCGGCAGCGGCGGAUCGAGCUGGAACAGAAGGUUCAGGAGGUGCUGAAGGCCAGGACUGAGGAGCAGGCGGCUCAGCAGCCCCCCAAGAGCCAGGCCCAGCUCACGAACGGAGCAGACCGGCGGGACCAGGGGCUGUGCCCCCGCGUGCAGAAGUGGUUCUUUGAGAAGUUCGGGGAGUACGUGGAGGACUUCCGGUUCCAGCCCGAGGAGAGCGCGGUGGAGACCGAGGAGCCCCUCAGUGCCCGCAGGUUAACCGAGAACAUGCGCCGACUGAAGCGCGGCGCCAAGCCUGUCACCAGCUUUGUGAAGAACCUCUCUGCCUUAUCCGACUGGUACUCCGUCUACACAUCUGCCAUCGCCUUCACCGUCUACAUGAACGCCGUGUGGCGAGGCUGGGCCAUCCCCAUGUUCUUAUUUCUGGCGAUUUUGAGGUUGUCCCUCAAUUACCUCAUAGCCAGGGGCUGGAGGAUCCAGUGGAGCAUCGUCCCCGAGGUGUCCGAGGUGGUGGAACCUCCAAAGGAAGACCUGACCGUGUCCGAGAAGUUCCAGCUGGUGCUGGACGUCGCGCAGAAGGCCCAGAACCUCUUUGGCAAGAUGGCUGACAUCCUGGAAAAGAUCAAGAACCUGUUCAUGUGGGUGCAGCCUGAGAUCACGCAGAAGCUGUACGUCGCGCUGUGGGCCGCCUUCCUGGCCUCCUGCUUCUUCCCCUACCGCCUGGUGGGGCUCGCCAUGGGACUCUACGCCGGAAUCAAGUUCUUCCUCAUCGACUUCAUCUUCAAGCGCUGCCCGAGGCUGCGUGCCAAGUACGACACCCCUUACAUCGUCUGGAAGAGCCUCCCCACCGACCCCCAGCUCAAGGAGCGCUGCAGCGCCGCCGCGUCCCGCAGGCUGCAGACCACCUCCUCGCGGAGCUACGUGUCCAGUGCGCCCGCCGGCCUGAGCAAGGACGACGACGCCGGUCGUUUCCACGGCACCAAGAAGGGCAAUUUCCACGAGAUCUUUAACUUGACAGAAAACGAGCGACCACUGGCAGUGUGCGAGAAUGGCUGGCGCUGCUGCCUGAUCAACAGGGACCGGAAGAUGCCCACAGACUACAUCAGGAACGGGGUGCUGUACGUGACGGAGAACUACUUGUGCUUCGAGAGCUCCAAGUCAGGCUCCUCCAAGAGGAACAAAGUCAUCAGGCUGGUGGACAUCACUGACAUCCAGAAGUAUAAGGUCCUCUCUGUCCUCCCGGGGUCGGGCAUGGGAAUCGCGGUGUCCACACCAUCGACCCAGAAGCCGCUGGUGUUCGGCGCCAUGGUUCACAGAGACGAGGCCUUCGAGACCAUCUUCAGCCAGUACAUGAAAAUCUCGGCGGCGGCGGCGGCGGCCAGCAGCGACAGCUGAUGUCGUCCCGCCCAGGACUCUGCCGGACGUCAUUUUAACAGUUGGGUAGCGGGAAGAAGUCGGAUGUCCUCCUGAUCUUUUGCAAUAAUCCCCUCGACCUGUGGUUUCGGUGGUGUGACCUGCGUUCACAGACCCUCGCACGGGGGUCACGAGCGGCGCCCGUCCGCCUGCGGUGAGGCUGGCUCAGACCCGGGACACGGGCGGCGGAUCCUCGGAGGUCAUCGGGAAGGAGGACGUGCCGGACACACACCGUCCCAGCCGCCACCAAGCACAGCUGCUGCCCCUCUGUCCCCGCCCGGGCAGAGGCCGGCGCUGGCCGCGCAGCCGCGCUCUGGAGGCCGGAAGCUCUGCACA